AAAUAUGCACACACGGAGAGAGACUUCAGACAUCGCAGCAGCCGCAACUUAGGUCCACUGCGGGAGGCGCACAUGAAAGAGCAGAUGCCAUUCUGAGCGCCCAUCAAUAAACCUUAUAAACCAAUAAAUAACUAGAUAGUUAGACAAAUAUAUUUUCUAUAUAAUUGUAAAUGUUUUUACCGUUCCUUGUUUUAAUGAUUACAUGUAUAGUUCUUUUGUCAGGUAUUGCGAGUCAAGGUUGGAUUAAUGGUUGGAUACAGUUUGGGUGGAGGGACCUGUGCGAGCAAUGUGAAGGUUAAUCAGAGAUCAUCUUAAACCCCAGUGUUCACCUCUCAGGCCCAGUCAUGAAGUCUGUGCUGGAUGGUGUGGCAGACACCACCUUCCGGACUAUAACCUCUGGACUGCUGUACCUUGGCUCCAAUGAUGCCAGCUAUGAUGACGCCACCAUCAACACUGACUUCACUAAGGGUGGAUUGUCCGUCCAGAAGCCUUUACCUGCUUUCCGCAGUAACUCUUUCCCAGACAAGGUGCCCGGAGAUGAAGAACUCAUCCUAAAAGGCAUUCCAUUCUUCCCUACCAAUGCCACAGACCUGUUUGGCAACAGUAGCGGCUUUGGUGAUGAGGGAACCGGAAUCCAGUGUGCGGAGAACUUCGUGGACAUGGAAUGCUUCAUGAUCCUGACCCCUAGCCAGCAGUUGGCUGUGACGGUGAUGUCCCUCACUCUGGGAACCUUCACCGUGCUUGAGAACCUUAUCGUGCUGUGUGUGAUCCUCCAAUCCCGCACACUGCGCUGCCGCCCCUCCUACCACUUCAUAGGAAGCCUGGCUGUAGCCGACCUGCUUGGCAGCGUCAUCUUCGUCUACAGCUUCCUGGACUUCCAUGUGUUCCACAGAAAGGACAGCCCCAAUGUGUUCCUCUUCAAGUUAGGUGGGGUCAUUGCUUCGUUCACAGCCUCUGUGGGAAGCCUGUUUCUCACUGCUAUAGACCGCUACAUCUCCAUCCACAGACCCCUGGCCUACAGGCGCAUCGUCACGCGGACCAAGGCUGUCAUCGCCUUCUGCGUGAUGUGGACUAUCUCCAUUGUCUUCGCAGUGCUCCCUCUGCUGGGCUGGAACUGCAAGCAGCUCAACUCGGUCUGCUCAGACCUUUUCCCGCUAAUCGAUGAGAAGUAUCUGAUCUUCUGGAUCGGGGUGACCAGCGUGCUGGUCCUCUUCAUCAUCUACGCUUACAUGUACAUCCUGUGGAAGGCCCACCACCACGCUGUGCGCAUGCUGAGCCGCACCUCCCAGAAGAGCCUGGUGGUGUACUCAGCAGACGGAACGAAGGUGCAGACCAUGCGCCCUGAGCAGACACGCAUGGAUAUCCGGCUCGCCAAGACCCUGGUCCUCAUCCUGGUGGUGCUGGUCAUCUGCUGGGGCCCUGUGCUGGCCAUCAUGGUCUAUGACCUGUUCUGGAAGAUGGAUGAUGAUAUUAAGACAGUGUUUGCAUUCGCCAGCAUGCUCUGUCUGCUCAACUCAACAGUCAACCCAAUCAUUUACGCCCUGAGGAGCAAGGACCUGCGACACGCCUUCCUCAGCUCAUGCCAGGCGUGCCGGGGCAGUGCCCAGCAGCUGGACAAUAGCCUGGAGUCUGACUGCCAGAGCAGGCACAUCGCUGCCAACAGGGCUGCAGAGAGCUGUGUGAAGACCACUGUGAAAAUAGCCAAAGUGACUAUGUCUGUCUCCACUGAGACAUCUGCAGAAGCUGUUUAGCUGGUCAACAUCAUGCCACAGCGAUAUUGUGCAACUCAUCUGUUUCAGAGGAAACUUUCUCACAAGGUGGUGGACCUUCCACAGGAUGUAAUAAAUUACACAAAUAGCUAAACGGUUCAUUACUUCAUUGUUUUAUGUUUAUGAGGUGUGCUAGUAUAAUGUUCUAGUGCCUAAGUGCCAAACUGAUUUUUAAAAGUGAUGAAGAGAGUGGAUGGACUCAAAAUGUGUUUGACCUAUCCAAGACUGUCGUAAGUCUACUGCUGAUCAUAGACUUAAUGAUGAUCAAACUGUAGAUAGUACUGAUGGUGAAUUCAUGAAGGCUUAGUAUAUUUUUGUACUGUGAUAUCAGGUUCUGAAACAAUGAUAUCUUAAUUCAUGGGAUAAGGGGCUACUGAAGUUUUAGAUUAGAAGUAUGUGUUAUCAAGAUGUCAAUAUGUGUACCAUAAAGAAGACAAAUCUUUGAGGCUUUGAGCAGCCAGAAGAGGCAUUGACUUUGUCCAGGCAUCAUGUACAAAUAUACAGUAUGUUUUGUGAAUAGUUUACAUUUAUUUACAUAUGGGUAUAACUUUAAUGUGUUUAUUUAAGACAUGUACGAUUCAUAAAGCAACAGAGUUGCUCAUGUAUUUUCUUGUUGUACCUGUCUGAGUUUAUUAUUUAAUACAGAAAUAACCGAGGCUUAGGAUAAAUAAAGCCUGACCUGACUUUGUGUAGACAGCUCUAUUGACUGUUGGGAGUCAUCUUUCAUACAGAAGCUGGAUUAAUCUGAAAACCACAGUGUUCAAUUUAAUGACAUAUAUUUGUCAUUUGAAGCCAUAAUAAGCUAAUCUGCAAGAUGUGUUUAAUAAGCCAAAAAUCUACAAUGGAAUUCUCUGUAAUGUAGGUACUGACAGACUGAUACGUAACUCCUCCCAACAAAAAAAUCAUAUUUAUUCUGCCUUUCACUUCUUCCUCUCUACUCUUGGCUAUAGUAGUAUUUUUUCAAUAAAAAGGAAUGUACACCAAACAAUUGUACAGUGUUACAUACAAUGCAGUUCCGAAAAGUGGUGGCCACACUACCAUAAUAAUCAUGCCAUAGAUUAAAUUCAGAUGACUUCUAAGUGGUUUUCAUUCAAUUCAGUACAUUUGUGAAUAACCUUACAACUUGAUAAAAACAAUGUCAACCUGUCAAUCUUAUCAAAUUGUUUCAGUGUUACCGUCAAGAAACAUAAUUUAGCACUAUUGAUGCGGAUUCUUUUGAUAUUUGAGGAGACAACAGCUACCCUAGAGCAGGCCUAGAGCUCAGCUUUUGGAUUAACUAAAAAAUAAGAUAACCUGUUAGUUUUUUUGGUUUUCUGAGUACAUUUUUUAUCAAAAGCAAGCCUUUCAUUAUAACUGACAACAUGUUAGAAUGGAAGUUAUACUGUGUAUGCAUUGUAUGGAAAUUAGCCUUUUACAAGUGUUGAUGAAAAUGUAAUUUUCAAUUAGAUUAUAUAGGAAUUUUAAUCUAGAACUAUGACUCAGUUAGCACAAUUGUUCUUUAGACAUUUAUCUUGGUGUUAAAAUACUACUGACAGCUGUUUACCAGUGUGCUUUGCAGCCUCUUGUAUUGUUGAGUGUUGGAGAUCAAAUGUCAACUGUCAAGUGGCUUCUGUACAGUGGUGGCAUCUGAGGAUUGUCUGUGGAAAAAAAUAAUCUGCAGGAUUCUUUUUCUUCCGUAUUGCAAUGUAAUGUUUCCAAGCUUUUGAAUAAAGUCACAGCUGGUUAUGA